GAAGCCCUCAGUGUGCCUCUGUACUUUGCCACAAACAUGAGGUUCAUAUUCCCUACCAUAGCCGUUUUGCUGGAGGCUUCCAUGAUUGUUUUAUUUGGAUUCUUUGUCAAGUAUGAAACAGAGCAGAAUGCUAUCCAGCAGCCCAACAGCACCAACUCAACAAAAGUGGACAGAUCUCUUGAGUUAUAUCCUCUAUUCCAAGAUGUGCAUGUAAUGAUAUUUGUCGGAUUUGGCUUCCUCAUGACCUUCCUGAAAAAAUAUGGCUUCAGUAGUGUGGGCAUCAAUCUACUUAUUGCUGCUUUGGGACUCCAAUGGGGAACUUUUGUUCAGGGGAUGGUGCACCGCCACGGACAGACAAUUUACAUUGGAAUCAAAAACAUGAUAAAUGCAGACUUCAGUACAGCCACAGUCCUGAUUUCUUUUGGAGCUGUCCUGGGAAAAAUAAGUCCAACCCAAAUGCUGAUCAUGACAAUAAUAGAAAUCACGGUCUUUGCUGGCAAUGAAUAUGUGGUUGGUGAGAUAUUUCAGGCCUCUGACAUUGGAGCAUCAAUGACCAUCCAUGCUUUUGGGGCCUACUUUGGCUUGGCAGUAGCAGGUGUCCUGUACCGGACAGGCUUGAGAAAGGGUCAUGAGAAGGAAGAGUCUGAGUACCAUUCAGAUUUGUUUGCAAUGAUCGGGACUCUUUUCUUAUGGAUAUUUUGGCCCAGCUUUAAUUCAGCCAUCGCUGAAACUGCCGAGGAACAGUACCUGGCCAUCAUAAAUACAUACCUCUCUCUUGUUGCCUGCGUGCUCACAGCCUAUGCAAUGUCCAGUCUUGUUGGGCACAGAGGCAAGCUCGAUAUGGUUCACAUUCAAAAUGCAACCUUGGCUGGAGGAGUGGCUGUGGGCACUUGUGCAGACAUGAAGAUUCACCCCUAUGGUUCUUUGAUCAUUGGGAGCAUUGCGGGAAUGGUCUCCGUGUUGGGGUUCCGGUUCCUGACCCCAUGUCUUACUGCUAAACUGAGGAUCCAUGAUACAUGUGGUGUUCAUAACCUGCAUGGCUUACCUGGUGUGGUAGGAGGCCUCUCAAGCAUUGUGGCGAUACUCUUGGGAGUAUCUACAGCGUCUAGCAUGACAAUGCAGGCAGCUGCCCUAGGUUCUUCCAUUGGAUCAGCAAUUGCUGGAGGGCUGAUCACAGGUUUAAUUCUCAGGUUCAUUGUCCGUGGACAGCCAUCUAAGGACAACUUCUUUGAUGAUUCUGUUUAUUGGGAGGUCCCAAAGGAGAAAGAACUGGACAAUGUAUGAAUGUGAUGGCUACAACCAGCCAGAACCUGAAGACUGAAUAUCAUUCCUGUGCCUCGGCUUCCUUUCCCAUUAUCUAGAAUCAUGUUUAAAAUUUUUAAAAAGCAUCAUCCAACUUAGAACAUGGAACAGAACGGAUGGGUCCUGAGCCUCAAAUGUCCAAUGUGAAAAAUCUUACCACAAUAUGGUGCUAUUUCUUUACACUCAAUGAUUGUUUAGUUGUAGGAAUAUGGCUUAUAAAAGUCAAAUGGAUUCUUUUUAGGACUCCCAGACUACUUUCUCCAGUGGGUAGGUCCAGGGUGAAUAUUCCAUAUAUAUUCGUUUUUUUUCCCCCAUAGAGGUAAAUUUACAAAGAAAUCAACACAUCUGAUUAUCUCAGUUUCUUAAUAUACAUACUAUAUCUUCAAUCCCAAAGAUUAUAAAACUAAAACCAAUAAAACAAUACCUAAGAAAUCAAUAUAAGAAAUAUGAAAGAAGGGCAGCCCCGGGGGCCCAGCGGUUUGGCGCCACCUUCUGCCCAGGGCAGGAUCCUGAAGACCCGGGAUAGAGUCCCAAGUCGGGCUCCCUGCAAGGAGCCUGCUUCUCCCUCUGCCUGUGUCUCUGCCUCCCUCUCUCUGUGUCUCUCAUGAAUAAAUAAAUAAAAUCUUAAAAAAAAAA